GGAAGGCUGAAUUAGGUCCUGGUGGUGAGAUUUUUUUUUUUUUCCAGGCAGACACAGACACAACUGUUGAGCAAAAUGCAGACUCCACAGAAAAGCCCAAGCCUCAGACCUUUCAAGCAGAGGAAGAGCUUAGCAACCAGAAGAGAGGAAGUUGCUGGAAUCAGAGUGAAGUUCCCUGGCAAGAUCCCGGUGAUAGUGGAGCGCUACCCCAGGGAGAAGUUCCUGCCCCGGCUGGACAAGACCAAGUUCCUGGUCCCACAGGAACUGACCAUGACCCAGUUCCUCAGCGUCAUUCGGAGCCGCAUGGUCCUAGGGGCCACUGAAGCCUUUUACUUGCUGGUGAACAACAAGAGCCUGGGAAGUAUGAAUGUGACCAUGGCAGAGAUCUACAGGGACUACAAGGACGAGGAUGGCUUUGUCUACAUGACCUAUGCCUCCCAGGAGAUGUUUGGCUGCUUGGGAUCAGCAGCCCCCGAGGAUGGGAGCAACCUUGGGGAGGACAGGCCCUGCCAUCCUCUCUAGCGCGUGUGCUGUAACCAAUGCGUUCACCAGUGCAGGAGGUACGGACUGCUUUGUGUGUGUGCAGUGAUGAUCCGGGGGCAAACCCCCUGCAGUGAUAA